AAGGCACCUGUCCACUGGGGUUCUGCCUGGCGCUGUCUCUACUCCGCAGGCCGGCAUGGCCCGCUGCUUGGGGCCCGGGAUGCUGCUGCUGCUGCUGCUGCUGCUUCUGAGGUCUACGAGCCCGGCCGCACGGAACCGAUGCGUGGACGCGGCCGAGGCGUGCACGGCGGACGCGCGGUGUCAGCAGCUACGCACGGAGUACGUGGCGCAGUGCCUGGGUGCAGGCGCCGGCGGGGCUUGUCCCCGCGCCCGCUGCCGCCGCGCCCUGCGCCGCUUCUUCGCCCGCGGACCGCCCGCGCUCACGCACGCGCUGCUCUUCUGCCCGUGUGCGGACCCCGCGUGCGCCGAGCGCCGGCGCCAGACCUUCGUGCCCGCCUGCGCCUUCUCCCGGCCCGGCCGGGCGCCGCCCUCCUGCCUCGCGCCCUUAGACACCUGCGAGCACAGCGGGGUCUGCAGACCCCGCCUCCUGGCCUUCCAGGCCUCCUGCGCGCCCGCCCCCAGCGCCCCCGACGGCUGCCCGCAAGAUCAGGCCUCCCGCUGUCUGCGCGCCUACGCGGGCCUCGUAGGCACCGCAGUCACCCCCAACUAUGUGGACAACGGGAGCGCGCGCGUGGCGCCCUGGUGCGACUGCGGAGCCAGCGGAAAUCGACGGGAGGAGUGCGAAGCCUUCCGGGAGCUCUUUACCGGGAACCGCUGCUUGGAUGGCGCUAUACAGGCCUUUGACAGCUGGCAGCCCCCAGUCCUGCAGGACCAUCCAGACUCCAGCCAGGACCUUGAGCACAGCCUCCUGCAGGUAUCCUCCACAGAUGGGCCCCUGAAGGGGUGCUCCCUGCUCUCCAUCUCUCUGCCCUGGCUUUCCAGACUCUGCUCUGACUAGGACAGCAGACCUUGCACAGCACAGCCAACUGUCCCACCCUGCCCGAGGUACGUGGCCACCUCUGUGGCCUACUGCCCCACUGAAAAGGG